AUGAAAAAAGAUACUGAUCCAUUGGAGUAUGAGGUAUCAGAUUUUAAUCCUUUGAUGCUGGCAGACAUGUUGAAGAAUUUGAAUGAGGGUGAAGAAAAAGCUACUGAAAUGGAGAAAAUGUUAGAUAAAUUAGAAUUAAGAAUUCAAGGGAUGGUUGAGGAAUUAGGAUUAGAUAAAGAUGCUUCAGAAACAUCCAAAAACGAAGAGAAGAUAUUGCCGGGAAAAAAAUAG